CCCCAAUUUAUUUUUAAAUUUUCGGAUAAACCGAAAGGUAAAAUUUUGGACGACGUGUUCCUAUUUACACGGAUAAAGAUAUUGACACCGAGGAGAAUUCAAGUAUCAAGACAACCAACGAUCUUUAAAUCGUUAUGGCGGAAAACUUUGUCUUGCCAUCUCACGACGGUACUAUCGUUAAAUGUUCUAACAACGAGACUUGUCUUCAUGCAGUACCUGUUAGAAAACAGCUGGAAACCGUUGGUUUAACAACAACUAAUUAUGAAAUAAACCCACGUGAACCCGGGUACUCUGUAGCCUUACUUAGUAUUGUUAAAGAUUCAAAGUUUGUUUUGGUGUUUUACUGUAAUCAUGUGAAAUCAUCUCUGGAGAGAAUACUCAAGCAAGAUCUAAAAUCAUUUCGUAGUAAAGUUAUCAUUAUAGCAAGGUCAACAGAUCGUCUACGAAACUUGAAGGAUUUCACACGUUUUUCAGCGUUUGACAGCGACAAAAUAAUACAACACAUUCAACAAAUAGUGGAUAUGACAGACCAAGAUAGGUACCCAUCUCUAGACCAGCUGACGGACCCUCCUUCAAUUCCACAAAGAAUGAAAAAGCCAUAUACUGAACAGACAAAAGUAAAAGAACUAGACACAUCACCUACUCUAGAUAAAUUCCAGUUUACAACCAAUAUUGUUCCCAGUGGUUUUAUUCAUGCAGAUACAUUUGAUACUAGCGAUACAGGAAACAGAGGAACACAUGUGCUACGCUCAUCGUGUAUACCUAAAGUUUCAGUAGUUUCAUCAGUAAACGAAAUAAAACGACGCUUCAAUGGUGCAACAGAGGAAGGACGAGAAGAUCUUUCCAAACAAAUUCUGUCCAGUACUAUCAAAGAACUAAUCAGAAACGGUGAUUUCCUUGGGAUGAUAAAUCUUUUAGAUAUCGAUGAUCGCAGGAUUCAGACGAGUGUUUUCAGUGCAAUUGAUUCAUAUCAGUUACAAACAAAUUUAUGCAGUCGAUGUAACAGAGGUACCGAAAUGUUGAAGGGAACGAUACAUUUAUUUGAACUAUGUCGAAAAUGGUCCGCAAAUCAAUUCGCUAUGGUUAGUCUCUUACCGUUAACCUUAGAUACGACAGCUGUUUUGUAUCUGUCAUCUUGUGUUAAUGGUUUAUCACAGUCAAAUUUAGUUCCAGAUAUACAAAUAUUUACCGAAAAUUCAUUGCCUGUCGUGAAUAAAAUUAUUUUAGACAACACUUUGUCAGCAAGUUCAAGUCAGUGUCAAUAUUUGCUACUCUCCCUCCAAAAACUGCUGGAUAACUUGAAAUGUAUAGGCAUGAAUCCAAGCCCACUACAAAUGGGGAACUUCAAAGAUGCUUUGAUGAACGAAAGCAACCGUGAUGAACUGAAAAAGAAAUUCGCUAAAUCAAUGACAUACUUGGAGCAGUACUCCUUACUUAUGGUUGUUAUUAAUCAGAUUAUGUUGAAGUCUGAGCUGCAGAUUGUUGCUUUCUUGUCAGAUUUGGCAGUCAUUUUGCUUGACAAAGUUUCAAAGAAAUCGAAAUCUAUGCAGACUAUAUUUCCUCAGCUGUUGUUGAUAACGAAAGGUGUUGUACAACGUUUAUGCAAAGGUUCACACUUGCCAAGAACAACGGCCGAAUAUCAGAUGAAGUUGUGUAGGAUUUCAAAUUUAUUCAUCGAUACUACAAAGAUCAGUCAAAUGGACAGACUUCAUAUUCUCAAUCUCACUGAACCACUACUCUUCAAAGAAUCUAAAGACAUUGUACAGAAUAUUGUGUAUUUGUUUUCAAAGAAUAAUCACAUGUCCAAAGAUAUAAGAGAAAAGGUCAGCAAAAAUAUUGUCCACCAGUUAUCUGUAAUUAACUUUAAAAUAGACGGAGUUAUUCAUCAGUCAGCCAAUGUAGGAUUAGAACCGUCAUGGGUAACGUUUGCAGGGACAGUAUCUGAAGAAAAAAAUGUUGUUAUGCAUGCUCUGAUUCCUACUCUUCAUUGUAUAAGUGAAGGGAGCAUGGCAGAUUAUAAACAUAAAGCGAACAAGGGUGAAACCAGAAAGCAUUUGAAUACCCUGGAUAUCCUGAGACAUCUACAAGAUGAAAAGGUUCAUCAUAAUUUGAUUCAACUGAUUGCGUUUCAAUGUAGACCUCUACCAAUAUUUUAUAUAACAGACCAGUCAAUAGAUUAUGACUUAAACGCACAUCUGUUAGAUGCAAGAAAAGUCUUCAAAUGGAUUUCCUACAGAGAAUUAACCACAAUGGUGGCAGAUGCUGUAGAUGCGGUAGGGUAUCUCCACAACAAGGCAGUCAUCCAUCGAAACGUGACAACAUUUGCCUAUAGCCUGAGGAAAAAUAAUGUUGUUUUGCACGAUUUCAGCGUUUCAAAGGUUUUAGGAAACAAUACUGGAUUUAUAUCAGAUUUAGAAAACACUCAGAUUCCUGUUUUAUGGUCAGCUCCCGAAAGUAUUUUAGAGGACCACUAUGAUACUAAAACAGACACAUGGAUGAUAGGCCAGUUUAUUUAUGAAGUAUUUACCCAUGGUUGUCAUCCUUACACUGAAGUGUACGGAACUCCAACUGAACAGCUGUUAGAAUAUAUUGUUUUUCAAGAUUUAAAGCCACAGAAAUGGCCAUGCAUUCCAAAAGACAUACAUGAUAUCAUAAUAGGAUGUUGCAUGACGAAAUCAGAGGACCGUAUAGAUAUAUGUAGGAUAGGAAAAUUACUUAACAGUAUACUUAUUACUCUUAACGGAGGACGACGUAACCUGGUCUCGCAUAUAUUUGAGGAAGACAAAAAAUAUCCCGAAUUAGAUCUUCAGCAUGAUGUACCUGAAAGGGGUCUGCCUUCCUUAUUUGAACAACUUAAACAGAAUAACACCCAGGACAGACAUGUAAUACGAAAAUCAUAUUUCAACAUAAGAAAGUCACAAAGGCGCAUUUUAAACGAACUACAAAUUACAAAAGCCGAUAUAAAGGCACCAGACCAACCUAUCAUUCAGGCAAAGCACAGUUUUAUUGCGGUUUAUGAACCAGUGACUGUAGAUUUUGUCCAGUCCUUACCCCAUCUCGACAAACAAACGUGUACAGAGAUACUUCAAAUGUUAGACACUCCUAGUAGAGAAGAAAGGAGAAAUAUACCUGGGAAUAAUCAAUAUUUACUGAAAUACAAACUUCAUAAAAGUACAAAUCUGUUAGAACUAGCGUUCAAACAUUUUUGUGGUGAUCCAGAAGAAAAUAAAUAUGAAUACCUGAAGAUAGUACAAAACAUAGUUAAAUUCAUUGGUGAAAUGCAUAAGCGUAACUGGAUACUCAGAGAUCUGUGUGCUGAUAAUAUCUUCGUAUUGGACACAAAUAAGGAGAUAACUGUGGCACGACUUGGUCGAAUGUUGUGGUUUGAUUCAAAUGGCGUCUUGGAUGAUUGUAUUAUUGAUGAAAUAAAAGAGGACAGGAGACGCUGGUUACCAAUUGAGGUUCUUCAAAAUGGCCAAUACUCAAAGGAAGGUGAUAUCUAUAUGUUUGCAAUGGUAGUAUAUGAACUUUACAUGGCGCUUGAUGUUCAUCAACAUGACAACAUGGCUAGCGAUUUAGAAUGUGCACCGUUUGCAAAGGUUUCCAUUUCUGAGUUACUUAAGACCCUAUACAGUGGUGAAGUCCCAACACAGCCAGAUUUGUGUCCUGACUGGUUAUAUGAUAUUAUGAACCUCUGUUGGAAUAGAGACAGAACACGCAGACCAACAUCUAAUCAUAUUUUAAAAGAAAUUAUGAGAAACCUGGAGUCGUCAAUAAAAGAGGUGGAUAACCACUCCGAUCAAGAAAUGUACGAUGUGCCGGAAGAUUCUGAACCAGAAAGGGAUUAUGAACCUCUAAAUGAAACUAACAGUAUCGAUAGUGAAAACUAUGACAGCCUUGAUGACAGCAGUGUAGAAAAUUUUAAUCCUCUUAUGAGAUCAAAAAGUUCUUGUCCAAUAAUUACAAUUCCAAAAACUGGAGAAACUAAUCCUUUUGAUGUAAAUAGACAACAUACCUGUAGUUUCGAAUCUAGUACAAGUUCUCUAACUAAUCAAUUUGCAAAAGACAAUGUACAGUUUUCAUGUGUAAAUAGCGACACAGAAUCUGAGCGGAGUACGUUCAAACAUCAUAAUUUGCGAUAUCAUCAACAAAUAUUAGAAACUUCUAGAAGCUCAUUCACCAGAAAUGGUUUCAGAUGCGUAAAUAGCAUUUCAUCAGAAAGUCAAAAUGACUACAUGAACGAAUAUCAAUUUACGGACGCAAAAUCAAAAACUGCAGAUAAAACGAUAAAAGGUGUUCUAUUUUAUCCUAAUGACACUUCGAAAAAUGAAGCUUCGGCAAGUAAUAUUAAUGGUGAUGAUGAUGUUUUCAAAGAAGGUGCAAAAUCCAUCAAUGAAGGCAUACAUCAAGAAUUUAAGGAAGAUCGAUUAAACGGUAGCGAUUCGUCUGAAGCAAGUAGUAGUUACUUUCGUACUGAUGUGAAUAACCAGUCAUCAAUAAAAACAUCACCAAAGAACACACAAAAAGCAGAAGCUUGUAAAUUUAAGACUAUCACUGCCAAACAAUCCUCAACACCAAGUGAUAUUAGGUCAUUAGACAUUCAAGGAAGGAUGAGGAGUUCGUCUUCUUCUUCCAUCAGCAAUCAUUUUACGAAUCCAGCAAAGUGCAAUAGUGAAAAUACUUAUAAUAAAUCAAAAACCGAAAGGGACAAAACUAAGCACAUCGUUUCUACAGCAGAUGACGAUAAAUUCAGCGAUAUUUCAAGAGAAAGUAGCACGUACUUUAAUGUAGACAAACCACCAGUCAAUGCUGAGGAUGAAGGCACCGAAAGUGAAUCUUAUGAAGAUUUUGAAUCUACUACAAAUUGCAAAAUUUUUUCACCACCGGAAGACAAAGAUUAUUUGACUGUUGUGUAUGCGAAAGUUUAGGCAAUUAACAGACGCAAACUGCACUGUUUGUUAAUGUGCUAUGUGUAUUUCAAAUAAAAGUAUUCAUGGACGAAAGGAUACAUGGAAAAUAGUCAGCCAGACAUCAUUAUUUAGUUAUUCGGAAUGUUUGUGUACAUACUCAACAAUACAAGUGACCGGCCGAAAACAAAUUCAUUAUUUUUUCAAUAUGGUACUUUUAUUUUCAAAAAUAGAUAUUUAUAAAAAUAAUAUCUUUGUAACACAUGUAACAUAUGAAGUUAUUACAAAUUUAUAACAUUUU